AUGGUACCCGUUUUUGAUACCCCAGUUCCACCGGUUGUCUGGCUUCCACCGGAUGUAUCAUCCUGGCUACGGAUAGAUCACCCCGAUGUAUUAGCAAAAUAUGAUACCAUCCUCCAUGUGGAAGGUGCAGACAGCAGCAACAAUGUCACCAAGUUGCAAUGCCGUGAAUAUACCAUGCAAAUUGCCCACAUUCUACGCAAGAAGUUUGCGAUUGGUGUCCGAGAUGCAGGAGUCGAUACUGUUGCCUGUAUCUCGACCGGUCAAUCCUUCUCCCCGCGCUUUUCUACGGCGUCAUUGCCGCGGGCGGAGUGUACAGUGCGGCUAGCUCGAGCUUCACGACCGGAGGGCUGGCCUGACAAAUAA